CGGCGGCCGGAGCCGAGCGGGAGGGCGAUGAGGAGCGGAGGGACGCGGAGCCGCCAGCGCCCCCCGCUCGGGGCCGGUGCGCCGUGGGUAGCGCGGCCGAGCCCGCGGGUCCUCGGACCCUAAGGCACAGGUACCGCGCAGGCCCCCAACAGCGACCCAGCUGCUGGCCCCCGGCGGGCGACCCGCCGCCGCUGCUCGGUUCCCCCGCCGUGGGCUAUGCGGUGGUGGCUGCGCGCCGCCGUCCUCAGCCUGCUCGCCGGCGCCGGCGCUGAGGGCAGCGGGCAGAGCGAGUCCCGGGCCGCGGUGGGGCGAGUCGGGGAGAGCACCGUGCUGGGCUGCGACCUGCUGGACGCCCACGAGGCUCGUCCCCCGCUCUACGUGAUCGAGUGGGUCCGCUUCGGCUUCGUUCUCCCCAUCUUCAUCAAGUUCGGGCUCUACUCGCCGCGGGUGGACCCGGACUACGCCGGUCGUGUGCGGAUCGAGCGCGGUGCCUCCCUGCGCAUCUCCGCCCUGCGCGCCGCCGACCAGGGCUGGUACGAGUGCCGGGUGCUGUUCCUCGACCGUCACAGCACCGACGCCGACUUUCGGAACGGUUCUUGGAUCCAUCUCACCGUCAACGCACCCCCAACCUUCCUGGAGACUCCCCCUGCCUUGGUGGAGGUGCGGGACCAGGACACCCUGAGCCUUACCUGCACAGCUGUUGGCAACCCCCAGCCUGUUGUCACCUGGAAGAGGAGUGAGGUGGCUGUGCAGAGCGGGGGCACGGUGCAGGUGAGGAACGGGACGCUGAGCAUCGCCGUGGUGGAGCGUGCCAGCGCGGGCACCUACACCUGCCAUGCCUCCAGCCGGGAGGGCACCAUCACCCACACCACCCGUGUGUUUGUGCAGGGGCCACCCAUCAUCGUGGUGCCACCCCAGAAUGUCACUGUCAACAUCUCCCAAGAUGCCUUUCUGGCGUGCCAGGCUGAGGCAUACCCAGGCAACCUCACCUACACCUGGUUCCAGGGCAGCACCAAUGUCUUCCACCUCAGCCACCUCCAGGCUCGGGUCCGGGUGCUGGUGGAUGGGAGCCUCCUGCUGCAGAGGACAGCCCCAGAGGACACAGGCAGAUACACCUGCACGGCCAGCAAUGGCCUCUGGCAGCCUCCCUCGGCCUCAGCCUUCCUUACCGUGCUGUACCCAGCCCAGGUGACUACCAUGCUCCCCGAGACCCACCUGCCCAAGGGCAUGCAGGGUGUGAUCCACUGCCCCACCAGGGCCAACCCUCCUCUGCUCUCUGUCAGCUGGACGAGGGAUGGGCACCUGCUGGAGCUGGGCAAGCUCCCUGGCUGGUCCAUGCGAGCAGAUGGCUCUCUGGUGGUCGCGAUGGGGAACGACGAUGUGCUGGGGGUCUACACCUGCACCCCCUACAACAGCUACGGCACCGCCGGCGAGUCGCAGCCCACCCGCGUCCUGCUGAAGGACCCUCCCACCUUCACCGUGCGCCCCAAGGAGGAGUACUUCCAGGAGGUGGGCAGGGAGCUGGUGAUCCCCUGCGCUGCCCAUGGGGAUCCCCCACCCACCAUCACCUGGCUGAAGGUGGGCAGCGUGGGGAAGAGCAGCGCCCAGGUGGAUGUGAACAGCAGCCUGGUCCUGCGGCCACUCACCAAGGAGCAGCAUGGGCACUGGGAGUGCAGGGCCAGCAGCCAGGUGGCCAGCGUCAGCACCACCACCUUGGUCCACGUGCUGGGUACCAGUCCCCACGCUGUCACCAACGUCUCUGUGCUCCCACUCCUGCUGGCAGUCAACAUCUCCUGGGAGCCAGGAUUUGAUGGGGGCUACUUCCAGAGGUUCAGCGUCUGGUACACCCCCCUGGUGAAGCACCCUCCCCGGGCUCAUCACGACUGGGUGUCGCUCUCGGUGCCAGUGGGGGCUCAGCAUCUCUUGGUGGAGAAUCUGCAGCCAGACUUGAGCUACCAGUUCAGUGUCCUGGCCCAGAACAAGCUGGGCAGUGGCCCCUUCAGCCAGAUUGUCACCUCCGUGCCCAGGGGCUUCCCGGUGCCCACAGUGCCUGCAGAGCCGCCAGCCGUCACGAUGCGCAUCCUCCUGUCCCCGCCGCAGGCCCUGACCGCCAACGAGACCCUGCGCGGGGUCCUGCUGCGCUGGCAGCCGCCGGCCCAGCUCUCGGUGGCGCUGAGCGGCUACGCCCUGGAGCUGCGGCAGGACAAGGGCGGCUGGGAGGUGCUGGACAGCUCCAUCCCCAGCACCAAGACACAGGUCCUGGUGCCAGGACUCAUCAAGGACGCCUUCUACGAGUUCCGACUGGUGGCCUUCGCUGGCAGCUACAUCAGCGACCCCAGCAACACGGUGAACGUCUCCACAGCAGGCAUGGAGGUGUACCCGUCUCGCACCCAGCUGCCAGAGCUCCUUCCGCAGCCCGUGCUGGCAGGGGUCAUCGGCGGCAUCUGCUUCCUCAGCGUCGCUGUCAUCUUCAGCACCAUGGCCGCCUGCAUCAUGAACCGCCGGCGCGCUGCCCGCAUCCAGAAGAGAAGGCAAGAUCCACCACUCGUCUUCUCCCCCAGCAAGAAGCUUCCACCUCCACACAAUUCUCGUGGCUCUGGUAGCCCAGACAGCACCAUGAAGCUGAAGCUGCAGGCAUCUCCCUACCAGAGCCUGCGCCGGACGCUGCUGUGGGGCGAGAAGGCUGGCACCAGCCUGGGGCUCAGCAUCGCCGGGGCCGGCUCACGGUACGCCGUGUACGAGAGCCACGUCGGGGAGCACAGCGAGGGGCACAGCAGGGAGCAUGUGCCCCUGGAGCGCAUCUGCCGCGGCCCCGACGGGCGCUUCGUGGUGGAGAGCGAGCCGCAGCCUCAGGAGAGCAGCUUCGGGGCGCUGCCCUACUCCGAGCCGGAGCCGCAUCCCCAGCAGGGCCCCGCAGGGCCACAGCCCGAGCCCUACCUCCAGCUGCCUGAGGAGAAGAAGGAGGAGGAGGAGGAGCCCAUCUGGCGCAAGGGGGUCUCGCUGCGCCCCCGGCCUGCCGGCCAAACCCGACGUGGAGCCCGGGCCGCCAGCUACCGCCACGGCCGUUACUUCGGCUACGUCAGCAGCAGCCCCGUGGACGAGGCCGCAGCUUUGUGCAUCAUCAACAUCAGCCCCGUGGCCUCGGCCGCCACUCUGCCUUACGGGGCCGUGGAGGAGCCACACGCCAGCCCCGGCAGCGCCGCUGCCUGCCCGAGCACCGCCAGCACCCUGUGGGACUCGCUGCCCCUCGACGGCUCCCUGCAGCCACCGCCCGGCUCCGCGGCCGCCUCCAGCCCCGAGCGCAGCCGCCAGACGGCUGGCCCCGCGGCGCCGAGCGGCAUCCUGCAGUACCUGAGCCUGCCCUUCUUCAAGGAAAUGUGCGUGGACGGGGACUGGCCGCCCUCGGACGAGCCGGCAGAGCCCAGCCGUGCCGAUGCCCAGCCAGAGCCUGCCGACAGCCCCACACCCUCUCCGCGGGGGGCUGGGGGCUCCCCGCAGCACGCAGGGCAGACGCCGUGCCCGGACUACAUAGACACAUGUGCCAACGUCACCUCCCCCACUGCCACCGCAUUCCUCAAGCCCCCCAGGCUGCCGGUGGGUCCUGCUAAGGCCUCACUGCCUGGCACUGCUGCCUGGCACAGCUCUCCCAGUCCCAGAGCUGGCCUGCGACCCCAAACCCAGGCGGCUCACCACCUCCCCACCACCAGCAGCAGGACUGAGGCUGUGCCCUCGGCUGGCAUCACGGAACCUGGCUGGGCACCAGGCAGGCUGCUGGAUCCUGCUCCUUUGGAGAAGCUGCCGCGGGGUAGUCUGACCAGCCAGAGCAGCGGCCGGGGCAGUGCCUCUUUCUUGCGGCCUCCCUCCCUGGCACCCUCCCUGGGCGGCAACUGCCUGAGCACACCCCUCGGGGACAGGGGCAGCUGGCACAGCGGAGGCUCAGCGGCAGAGGAGGGCAGAGCGAAGAUGGAUCCAGUCCUUGGCAGCACCGGAAAGAGGAGGAACACCUCGGUGGAUGAGAACUACGAAUGGGACGCGGAGUUCGCGCUGGAGUCGGACAUCCUGGAGGCUCUGCAGCUGUACCGCAGCGGGGCCCCGGCCCGGCCAGUCUCUACCAUUGCCCUGCGCGACCUCGAGCGGCAGAAGCCCGGCGGCAGCUCCUCGCCGGUGAGCUCGGUGUCGGCGGAGGUGUUGGCGGCGGUGGUGGGCGACCCCCCGGACCGCGGCGCAGCCCUGCACCAGGAGCUGGUGGCCUCCCGGCGGCGCAGGGAGGUGACCCAGCAGCGGCGGCGGCAGCAGCGGCUGGGCCAACGCGGGGGCUGUGCUCCACCUCCCUGUCACCGUGGGAAACCCCACUGGAACUCCCGUGGGGACACCUGCAGCCCAGAGGGACAAGGAUGCCAGCACUGCCCUGCCGCCUGGCACCCGCGGGUGCAGGAGGGGCACUCUAGGCCAGCUGCCCUCGCAAGCAAGCUCUAGAUGCUGGUGGCAGCUCAGGUCGCCCCCGGGGGGUGGGUACCGAGCCCAGGAGAGAUUUCGGGUGCUGAGGGGUGGGUGGGGUGGCAGGGACGCCAGGGCGGCGGCUGUGGCACCCGCUCCGCGGGCGGGCGGCGGCUCGGGGCCGAGGUUGUGUUUGUUGUUUUGGUUGCACUUUGCCAUGGAGACAGGACUUGUGCAAGAGCCAUCGUCCUUGCUGGCGCCGCUGGGGACACCGCGGCUGCCGGGUGGCCUUUUCCUGCGGCAGCCCCCGGGCUGUGCCCCUGUCAGCAUGGCCGCAGCGGGGCCCUGCCACCUGCCACAUCUUCCACUGCGCUUGUCGCCUGCUACCGCAACUGGGUCCUGUCCCCACCACAGCCUUGACCAACACUGGCACUAUCCUGGGCUCUGUCACCACCA